AUGAUAAAUUUAAGGACACGAGGUAUCUCAACUUUUCGGAGUGACAAAAUCACCCUUGGGUCAAGUCAGGAAACCUUUGAAAUGAAAGCUUCUAGCAUAGAAUGCCAACUGGAUCAAUCUUUCCCAAAAGAGUACCUCAGGUCUGAAAGUACAUCAGCUUCGUUUCCUAUGGCUCAGAAAAGGAAAGGAAAAGAAUUACAGUAG